AUGAGAGUAGAGGGCUGUUCAUGCGAUACUAAAGCAGACGCAUCAACCGCUGACAAAGAUACGAAGAAAAACAAUGUGCAACUUCGAUUCCCUAAUUAUAUUCCUAACCACCAAAAACUUGCCUUGGAACUUUUGAAAAUUUGCAAGGAUAGCAAAUCUCGUAACUCCCUUAAUUCCCGUUCAUCCGAUGAUAACUCUGUGAUAAACGACAAAUACGUGGACUUCAAGAACUGUACAUUUCCUUGCAAACAUGGAAAGGAUGUUAACGUGACAUUGAAUUUGCCAGAAGACACGCCUUGUGGACCGAACGGACAGACAUGCGCUGAAAAGAAUAAAUGCGUUGGCCACAUUCCCGGAUGUUAG